AUGGCGGGGCUGAUGGCCUUCACCACCAAGCCCUACCUCAUUGUGCCGAUUUCAGGGAUGGAGUCGCCACCCCAGCGCGCUGAAUUCAGCAAGGCCGUGCAGUCGCUGUUUAUCCCGGCAGAGUCGGGCACCAACAUUCCAAAAGCGGUGAUUGCCUACCUUCAGACGUCCCGUGGCUUCAUGGAGCAGGAUGAAGCCAUGUGGGACGAGAUCGGUCAGGCUGUAUCCGCGACUCGCACCAGCGCCCAGAACAAGAACUGCUACCUGUUCUUCUUUCUCUUGAACUUGCAGUCGGACGAUGUGGAUCAGAAGGUCCUGGACCGAUUGUCAAAGGUGCUGCGAGCAGAGAGAGCACUACGGGCAGGGUUGCAGCCAAUGCAGGUGUACGACACCAUCUCUAGCCAUAUGGUCACUCUGGACAAGUGCUUGAACCGCUACAGCGAAGUGAAGAAGAAGUUGUCAAAGAUUGAUGCAAAAGAUCCAUCGGAAAAGCCCGCGCUGAAGGCGGUUGAGGCCGAAGUCAAGAUUAUCAAGGUCAACUUGAACAACCACAAGCACGACGUCCGCAACUUUGACUCGGAGCUGAAGAGUUUUGAGCAAGAGACGAAGAAACUGUUCGAGACAGACACCAGCUUGCUGGCGGAAAGCUACCGGGAGAAGGUUGGACGACCGAUGGAGGUCGUGGAGUCGCAAGUCAAGCAGCUUGAGUCCAGACUGCUGCAGAUGCAGUCGUCCGUUCGUGAAGAUAGUGGCAAGUUGCGGAGGGAUGCAAAGAAGGUGCUGCAUGACAAGUAUACCGAAGACGUUGGACGAAUCGCAAGAGAUCUUGACGAGUAUGCUACAUACCUGAACAGCCACGGCGUCGCCAGCGAGGAGCUGAAGCAUGACCUUCAGGACACCUACACGAAGAUCGCUGCCAAGGAGAAUGAAAUUGCCGAGUUCAUGAAGCAAAACAAAGGUGAGCAGUUCAAUUCAUCAAGAUUGCUGUUUCAAGCGCAGAAGCAACGGGAGAAGGCACAUGAUUUGGCAAAGCAGCUGGAGCUUGAGCAUGAGCUCGCGAAAGUCGAUAGCAAGCAGCCUCGUUCUGGCAACAAAGCUCUCGGCAUGUGUGAGAUUUGCAAUGCUUCGUCGGCAUCCUUUGAGAUGCACUGUGGCCAACAUGCUUUCUGUGCCCAAUGCCUUACGAAGUACAUCCAGGCAAGGACCGACCAGAACCUUCCGGCAUAUUGCCCAGGGGGUUGCAAGCAAGAGCUCUUCCAGGAGGAGAUCGAUAGGGCAUGCCAAUUGGCCGGCCAGCCCGAGGUUGGGGCCCUGUACCAGAGGCGUGCUACGCAGCGUCGCAUCCAGCCCAUUGGUUCCACGGUGGAGUGUGUGAAUCGUUGUGGUAACUUGUCAUGCCACAGGAUUGAUGAUCACACGGCCAGCUGCGAAGAUUGCCAGUUCCUGUUUUGCACGAACUGUUCCAGCCCUGCACAUCCUGAAGAGCCUGAUUGUAUCAAGCACUUGGAGAAAGAGCUGAAGGAGAACAGUGCCCAUGUUAAUCAAAGCAAAGCAGAUGUGCUCAAGACGCUGAAGAAGCUUCGUGAGGAGGGGGAUGUGCGAGUCUGCCCAAAGUGCCAGAUGGCCUAUCAGAAGAUAAGCGGUUGCGACCACAUCCAAUGUGGAAAGUGCGGGCACGAUUUCAACUACGACAGUAGAGACAAACGGCAGAGCGGCACCAGUCAGAUUUCAGAGCAGGAGUCAGUCAUCACACGAGAUCUGAGCGACUUCUCGCUUUCUUCGGCCUCUACGGAAUCUUCCCUUACCGGCUACUGGAGAAGGCCUAACUUGCGAGGUGUGCUUUCUGUUCGCGAUGCAGCGCAAGAGCAUGACGAGCUGAAGACGAGGUCCCGCACAGACAAGGGGCCGUUCGAUGCCGACCGUGCGAGAGCAAAUGCCCUGGAGGAAGAUCGCAAGCAAGGCUCGGCUGCUCAGGAUGCUACUUGCAGUUGGACGUGCUGGAUGCUUCCUCCGGAUUUGGGGUACCAGAAGCCCGAACAGUCAGUAGUGCAUCAGGCAGUGUUCAUCGUAGGCCAGACAGCUCGAAAGCAUGGAGUUUUUCUUGGCGAGGACAGAGGCUCCCAACGUACUGCGUUACCUCUCGGUAGCCUUGCCAUGGCCCAGCCGCUCACUGCGGGACAAGCGAGCACAGAAGCAACGCUGCGCACAUCGCAUGUGGCUGGCAUACGGCGGAUUGAUCGCGAUCUUGCAACCUAUGCCGAGUUUAUGAGCCAGAACUCAGCUGCCAGUGAUGAGCUCCGCCAAGACCUCCGAGAGACUUUCGACGCCAUUACUGCGCUGGAGCAGUGGAUCCUGCAGCUUUCCAAGCAGAAGCACGCUAAGCUUCUUGACAUGCCCCAAUCUCGCGAGGAGCUGCGCAGGUUGCGUGGGAAAGCGCAAGGCUUGGCCAAGAACAUGAGUAUGGAGGUUGAGGAGUUUACUGCACGGAAGCAAGCUUUCACGGUGUGGCUUUUGCCCGCUUGUCUUCUGGCAGCCGCCACUUUGAUGGCGUUUGUCGCCCAUAUGAUUACCGGCUUCUAUGUUGUCCCAAAGCACCAUGGCAACCUUACCUGGCAGGAGGAGGUCAAAAGUGUGCACCAGCACCGUGCCACGCAGCAUCGCAUGCAGCCCAUUGGAUCUACGAUGGAGUGUGACGUGCACACAGCCCGCUGCGACGAGUGCCAGAUCCUGUUCUGCACGAAUCGUUCCAGCUCUGCACAGCCUGACGAGCCUGGUUGUCAUAUCACGUACAGGGAGGAAGAGGAGCGACUUCUCGCUUUCUCCGGCCACUACGAAUCUUCCCUCAGCGGCUACUGGCUCGAACACUCCGGGGAGUUCGGAGAACCGGUGAGAACACAACACCUGCAGCUCUGUCGCUCACAAUUGUCGCCAUGGGACAGGGAGAAGGCAGUGGCUGUGCCGUUUCGUGCAGAGAAGAUCGUGGUGGUGGACCCGUCAACUCGCCAGGCUUCGGCCACCGACCUCCCCGCAGGCAUUAAUGCGAGCAGGGAUAUCAAAAACAAGUUUUGGUCUGUCUGCAACGUGAACGGCAAGGCAGUGGCGGUGCCUCGUAAUGCUGAGAGGAUUUUGGUAGUAGACGCUACAACUGGCCAUGCUUCGGCCAUUGACCUCCCGGCAGGCAUUGAUGCAAGCAGCGACGGUAAAUUCUUGUCGGGUUGCAAUGUGAAUUGCAAGGCAGUGGCGGUGCCUUAUCAUGCUGAGAAGAUUUUGGUGGUGGACCCUGUAAGUGGCCAGGCUUCGGCCAUCGACCUCCCUGCAGGCAUUGAUGCACGCGGGCCGUGGAAAUACGAGUCCGUCUGCAGCGUGAACGGCAAGGCAGUGGCGGUGCCUGCUUUUGCUGAGAAGAUUUUGGUGGUGGACCCUGUAAGUGGCCAGGCUUCGGCCAUCGACCUCCCUGCAGGCAUUGAUGCACGCGGGCCGUGGAAAUACGACUCCGUCUGCAGCGUGAACGGCAAGGCAGUAGCGGUGCCUGCUUUUGCUGAGAGGAUUUUGGUGGUGGACCCUGUAAGUGGCCGUGCUUCGGCCAUCGACCUCCCCGCAGGCAUUGAUGCAAGCAGGGGGUGGAAGUUUUCGUCCGUCUGCAAGGUGAACGGCAAGGCGGUGGCGGUGCCUUGCCGUGCUGGGAAGAUUUUGGAGGUGGACCCCGUAAGUGGCCAAGCUUCGGCCGUCGACCUCCCUGCAGGCAUUGAUGCAAGCAGGAGAGGGAAAUAUCUGUCCGUCUGCAAUGUGAACGGCAAGGCAGUGGCGGUGCCGUACAAUGCUGAGAAGAUUUUGGUGGUGGACCCUGUAAGUGGCCAGGCUUCGGCCAUCGACCUCCCCGCAGGCAUUGAUGCAAGCCGCGGAGGGAAAUAUCUGUCCGUCUGCAACGUGAAUGGCAAGGCAGUGGCGGUGCCUGCUAAUGCUGAGGCGGUUUUGGUCGUGGAGUUGCCACCAUGCAUACCAUGGCCAGCUCAGCCUCUUAGCUUCAGAUUGCACCAUAGCGCUGUCCAGCAUACGCCCGUUUUCGCCGAGCUCGUGGCAGCUGUGCUGAGCUACUGGGUGUACAGCGACGAGCCGGGACCCCCUUGUCUUGAGCAGGCUUCCAUGCAAGUUCAUCGAGUGAUUCAGCCUGGAGACUUUGGUUCAGCCGUCAAGAUCGCAACGGUAACGGCUGAGCUCCCAACCGGUAAGGUGCUGUAUGUCGCCUUUAAAGGUACUUCCUACAUCCUAGACUUUCUCAACUGGAAUCUGGAGAUAAAUCACGCCAUGACUCAAGAUCCCGACUUCUUUGUGCACAGCGGAGCAGCAAGCACACUUCACGCGGCAAGCUUCUGGCUGGAGCAAGGCUUGCUGAAGCGACUGGAGGAAGCGAGUGAGAACGGGGUGCAGAGGGUGGUUUUCACAGGGCAUUCUCUGGGAGGAAUGUAUGCAGCAUUGCUGUUCUAUUUGUUCUGGAAGAAGAUGGACGGUGCUCCACCGAUUGUUGCGUCCCUUCUGUCCGGUUUCGAUCUGCGAUGCGUCACCUUUGGCUCUCCGAUGGUCUUCGGUGGUGACUCCCAGCAGGCACGAGUAUUCAAGGCGUUUGCGCAGAAGCGAGCGGUGAACUACAUCAAUGAGAACGACCCCUGCCCGCGUGCCUGGGGCGCCAUCAAUCUCAGGCAGUUCGUGGAAGUGGCGGCCAAAAGUGUCCAGAACGGACUGGUCGACGAUCUGGGCAGCGUGAAAGGGUUCGUGGCCUCGCAGGUCGUGGCCGCCGCAGCACAGCAGGUGCUAAGCCGGCCGGACUUCCAGCUGUUGGAGGAUUUUGCCAGAGGCUAUCAGCACUUUGCAGAGCUGAGGGUGCUGAGCUCACGGAGGCAGGUCCGUCGCUGGAAGGAAUGCCAGCUCACCUCAGAGUGUCUAAACGACCACUCGAUGCUAGCUUACGCGAAUCGGCUCUUCGAUGCUGUUGACGACAGCCGGCCCGAGUGCUAUAUUCACAGGCAGUCUCCGGCUAG